CACUGCUUUUUUUUGAGUACAGAAUUCACUCUUGAAUCCUGCCACAGGCAUCGACAGACAUGGGAGGAAUCUCGCCACCUAUUUUUUUAAGUAUCCUAGUCUUUUAUUUUGUACAGGUCUCGCAUUGUGAAAAUGUGUUUCUGGACAGCAAAACAGCGUCGUCGGUUUUGAAACGCUCCCGGCGGGCAAAUGGGUAUUUCGAAGAGACAAGGAGAGGGAAUCUAGAGAGGGAAUGUUUGGAGGAAAUCUGCAGCCGUGAAGAGGCAAGAGAGGUCUUUGAAGACAAUGGGAAGACCGAUGAAUUCUGGAAAAGAUACUUGGCAUGUGAAGGCAACCAGGGUAGUAGAAACCAGCAGAACCUACCUCCGCUGAGGACUUGUUUGGAUGGUGAAUGUGUGAUGGGAAUUGGUGAAAACUACAGAGGCAAUAUUUCUGUCACUGAGUCUGGAAGAGACUGCCAAUACUGGACAAGCAACUUUCCUCACAGAAUUACCGAGUUUAACGUAACAGAGAUGCCUGAAAAGAAUCUCGCUGAGAACUACUGCAGGAAUCCGGACUCCUCCCCGAAAGGACCCUGGUGCUUCACCCGAGACCCGCUGGAGAGACGCGAGGAAUGUAUCGUACCUAUAUGUGGUGAGCCCCUCAAAUCGGCACCUACCGCCAGUGCGAAACCGGUGUACGAUCAGAAGGACUGCAUGCACGACUACGGUCUGGAAUACAGCGGCACCAUUUCUGUCUCUGCAAGCAACAUGCAGUGCCUGAAAUGGAACUCUCCCAAGGCCAUCAAGCUUAGCAAAGGCAAGACAUUUUCACCCGAGGUGAAGCUGGUGGAAAACCAUUGCCGCAAUCCAGACGGAGACCUGGAGGGUCCUUGGUGUUACGUGGACCACCCAAACAUUACAUUUGACUACUGCAACAUCAAACUGUGCGAUGACCCACUGGACGCGUUUGAGGACGAGGAUUCGCUCUCUGGUCGCACGGUUUUACAAGGCCCGCGUACAUCCUUCUUCAGCCUGAAAAGUUUUGGCAAAGGCGAAGAUGAAUGUGGAGUCAGGCCCAAGUUUGAGCAGAUAAAGGUGAAGGAUCAGAACGAGCAGGAACUGACUGAUUCCUACGCAGCGAGUCGGAUUGUGAAGGGGGUCAACGCUGAGGAGGGCAGUGCACCCUGGCAGGUAAUGCUGUACCGGAAAGCCCCACAGGAGCUGCUCUGUGGAGCCAGUCUCAUAAGUGACCAGUGGAUACUGACGGCUGCCCACUGCAUUCUCUACCCACCCUGGAACAAAAACUUCACAGCAAAUGACAUCUUAGUCAGAGUGGGCAAACACUACCGCGCCAAGUUUGAAAAACAAACUGAAAAAAUUGUUGCUCUGGAUGAAAUUAUCCUCCACCCCAAAUAUAACUGGAAAGAGAACUUGGACAGAGAUAUUGCUCUCUUGCACCUGAGAAAACCACUGACCUUCACAGAGAACAUCGUGCCCAUCUGUUUGCCCACUAAGAAAGUUGCUAAGACGCUGAUGUUUGCCGGGUUCAAGGGGCGUGUGACGGGAUGGGGAAACCUGUAUGAGACGUGGACAAGCUCUCCCCAAUCUCUACCGCAGGUCCUGCAACAGAUUCACCUGCCCAUUGUUCAGCAGGAGACCUGUCGCGACUCCACCAAGAUCAGAGUGACUGACAAUAUGUUCUGUGCAGGAUUCAGCCCAGAAGAUUCUAUAAGUGGAGAUUCCUGUGAGGGUGACAGUGGGGGUCCAUUUGUCAUGAAGAACCCGGAAGAUGACCGCUGGUACCAGAUUGGAAUUGUGUCUUGGGGAGAAGGCUGCGAUCGUAGCGGCAAAUACGGAUUUUACACUCACCUUUUCCGUAUGCGAAAAUGGAUGCUGAAAACCAUAGCGGAUGGAGAAACCGAAUCGUGAAAGUUUAAAGAAUACACCAUUUUGGCCUUUUUUUUCUCGCAGUUCUUUGUGUGUAGUAAUAAAAAAAUUAAAAAAUAA